GCCCCCCAGGUCCUAGCGCCCCCCCGGGUCCCCCACUGCCCCAGCUCCUGGAAUCCCAUCCCCAGCGCCUCCCCUCGCCCUGCCCCACAUCCCUUUUCCCCCCAGCCCCCCGGGAUCCCAGCCUAGUCCCUGCAGGGCCCUGAUCCCCUCAGCCCAGCCCCCCAGAUCCCUCCAGCCCCCCCCCUCGGGGUCUCCCCCAGCCCCAAUCCUCCCCACCUAGCUCCCCAGUGCCCCGGCCCCGCCGAUCCUCCCCCCAGACCCCCAAUUCCCCAGCCCCCGCCAUGGAGGCACAGUGCGAUUACUUCAUGUACUUCCCGGCCGUGCCCUUCCCGGCCCGGGAGCUGCUGCGGGGGGAGCCGGGCCGGUACCGGGCCCUGCCCCGGCGCAACCACCUCUACCUGGGCGAGACCGUCCGCUUCCUGCUGGUGCUGCGGGGCCGGCCCGGGCCGGGGGGCGCCCGCACCCCCUGGGGGGAACUGGGCUCCUCCCUGGCCGCCCUGGCCAGCGUCAGCCCCGGGGGGGUUGACCCAGGGGGUGAGGGGGAUGGGGAGCCCCCUGAGGAGCCGGGCGGGGACGGGGAUGCACCCCCUCCGCCUCCCGGCUCCUUCCGGGACUGCCGGCCCCUGCUGACCCAUGGCCAGGGACCCCUGGGGCGACCGGCCGCCGGGAUACCUGUGGAGGAGCCGAUUGUUUCCACGGACGAGGUCAUUUUCCCACUGACGAUUUCCCUGGACAACCUGCCCCCCGGGACCGUCAAGGCCAAGAUCGUGGUGACGGUGUGGAAGCGGGAGCAGGAGGCGCCGGAGGUACGGGAACGGGGGUACCUGAGCCUGCUGCAGAACCGGGCGCCGGCCCAGCUCUUCCGCGAGGAGCAGGGGGCCUUCAAAGCCCAAGUGAGCACCAUGCUGACCGUGCUGCCCCCUCCAGGGCUGAAAUGCCGCCAGCUGAAUGUCUCCGGGAAAUACCUCACCGUGCUCAAGGUGCUGAACGGCUGCUCCCAGGAGGAAAUCUCCCUGUGGGAUGUCCGCAUCCUGCCCAACUUCAACGCCAGCUACUUGCCCAUGCUGCCCGAUGGCUCCGUGCUACUGGUCGACGACGUCUGCCAUCACUCGGGCGAGGUGCCCGUCGGCGCCUUCUGCCGCGUGGCCGGUGCCGGCUCUGGCUGCCCCUGCGCCCUGAGCGCCCUUGAGGAGCAGAACUUCCUCUUCCAGCUGCAGGCGCCCGAGCGGCCCCAGGAGGACACCAAGGAGGGUCUGGAGGUCCCCCUGGUGGCUGUGGUUCAGUGGUCGACACCCAAACUCCCCUUCACCAGCAGCAUCUACACCCACUACAGGCUGCCCAGCAUCCGACUGGACCGGCCGCGGUUCGUGAUGACGGCUGCCUGCGAGUCGCCCGUACCCCUGCGCCGACGCUUCACCGUCACCUACACCCUGCUCAACAACCUGCAGGACUUCUUGGCCGUGCGGCUGGUCUGGACCCCGGAGAGCGCCACGGCGGGGAAGAAGCUGUCCAGCGAGGAGCGACCCACGCAGGCAGCACUGGACUCGAUCGUGUGCCACACG